ACGUUUGUUUAUUUGCAGAAUGACUUUGUUGCUUGGUCCUCCUAGUUGUGGUAAAACCAGUCUGCUACUUGCACUAGCUGGAAGACUCGACCAUUCUUUGAAGACUACAGGAAACGUUAGUUACAACGGUCACUUAUUAUCAGAGUUUGUUCCUGAAAAAACAUCAAAUUAUGUAAGUCAAAAUGAUCUACACAUUCCAGAUAUUACUGUGAGAGAGACACUCGAUUUUUCAGGAUGUUUUCAAGGCACAGGAAGCCGUUUAGAAACUAUGAAAGAGAUUAGUAGAAGGGAGAAACUGAAAGGAAUAGUUCCUGAUCCUGAUAUAGAUGCAUACAUGAAGGCAACUUCUAUUGAAGGUUCAAAAACUAAUCUGCAAACUGAUUAUAUCCUAUAGAUCCUAGGACUCAGUUUCUGUGCAGAUACACGCGUUGGAGAUACAUCAAGACCAGGAAUAUCUGGUGGCCAAAAGAGAAGAUUAACUACAGGUCAGACGAUCGUAGGUCCAAUCAAAACUCUGUUCAUGGAUGAAAUAUCAAAUGGUUUGGACAGCUCAACAACGUUCCAGAUUGUAUCUUGUCUCCAACAUUAUGCACUUCUGUCUGAAGGAACCAUAGUGGUUUCACUGCUUCAGCCUGCACCAGAAACGUUUGAGCUUUUCGACGAUGUGAUUCUUAUGGGAGAAGGAAAGAUAAUCUACAUUGGCCCAAGGGAUUAUAUUUGUAGAUUCUUUGAGGAUUGUGGAUUUAAAUGUCCAACUAGAAAAUCUGUUGCUGAAUUUCUUCAGGAGGUUAUCUCAAGGAAAGAUCAAGAACAGUAUUGGUGUCACAUAGACAAACCAUAUUGUUAUGUCUCCAUUGACUCAUUUAUUGAGAGGUUCAAAAAGUCUGAGCUUGGGUUACAACAACAAGAGGAACUCUCCAAGACACAUGACAAGUCUCAGGCUCAGAAAGAUGCUUUAUGCUCAAGAAAAUACUCACUUAAUAACUGGCAGAUGUUAAAAGCUUGCUCAAGGAGAGAGUUUCUUCUGAUGAAACGAAACUCUUUUGUUUAUGUAUUCAAGUCUGGACUCUUGAUUUGCAUUGGAUCUAUUACAAUGACUGUCUAUCUAAGGACUGGUUCUAAAAGAGAUGUUAUCAAUGCUAAUUAUCUUAUGGGUUCUUUGUUCUUUUCAAUCUUUAAAAUGCUUGCUGAUGGAAUUCCAGAACUCACACUAACAAUCUCAAGGCUUUCAGUGUUCUACAAGCAGAAAGAGUUGUACUUUUAUCCUGCUUGGGCAUAUGCAGUUCCUUCAGCUAUUUUAAAGAUACCCAUUUCAGUUCUUGAAGCGUUUCUCUGGACCUCGUUGACAUAUUAUGUCAUUGGUUAUAGUCCUGAUAUUGUCAGGUUCUUUCGCCAGUUCUUGAUCUUCUUUGCUUUACACCUUUCAUGCAUAUCAAUGUUCCGUGCUAUAGCUGCCACUUUUCGAGAUUUUGUUCUUGCCACAACAAUGGGAUCAGUCUCUAUAGUGCUUCUCUCAUUAUUUGGAGGAUUCGUCCUUCGAAAACCGUCCAUGCCUGCUUGGCUUCAGUGGGGUUUCUGGUUGUCUCCAUUGUCAUAUGCUGAGAUUGGUCUAACAUCAAAUGAAUUUUUCUCUACACGGUGGAGUCAGGUAAUGAAUUCUUUACACAACUUUCACAUUUUCUAGCUAAAUUUUUACUUCAUUAUUGAUUUGUAUAUCAUCUCCAUUAGACAACAUCUGGAAACAGAACGUUAGGGGAAGAAGUUCUUGAUGCUCGAGGGCUGAACUUUGGUGAUCAAUCUUACUGGGGUGCAUUUGGUGCUUUAAUUGGCUUCACAUUCUUCUUCAAUAUUGUUUUUGUACUGGCUUUGACAUUUCUAACGAGUAAGUUCACAAACCAUCUUUUAUAUAAUACUAGGGUAAAACCCGCCAUACGGACGGGUAUGCAAGUGAAAAGCAAUAUAAAAAUAUUUUAAAUUCUGAAACAUAUUUAAAAUAUUUAGUUUACUCUUAAAGUAAUGCUAACAUUCACAAAUUAUUUUGUUACCUUUUUACAAAUCAUAGACUUAAAAAGAAAUUUUACUUUUAAUCAUGUAACUAUUUUAUAAUUAUAAUAAUAAAUAAACAAAACUAAUCAAAAUUAUGAUUAAAUUUCAGCACAUAAAAUAUGAAUUAUUCUUUUCUUAUACAUUUUCUUUUGAAUUUACUAUUAUGAGAGAGAACUUUAACUAUAAUAUGCUUUAUUGUGAGUAAUGCAGAGAAUUCAUAUAUUUUGUUUAAAAUUUAUUAUAUAUUUUUAAAUAAUAAUUGCUUAUAUAUUAUGUAUGAAUCAUUAUUUUUGUUGAUCUUUUAUAUUUUACGAUUAAUUUUUUUGAGGUCAUGAUGUCCAACCUAAAUUUCAUUGCGUUGUAUAUCUGGGCUAUGUUCUACUCUAAAUUGACAGUGUAUAUCUUUCAUAUGUUUUUUUUUUAUUUUAGGUUAUCUACUUUUAUUUCUGUUUAUAUGUUUUUGUCAAGUUGUUUAGUUGAUACUUAUAAUAUAAUAUCCUUUUCUAAAAAUAAUACCAUUCUUUAUGUUUUAUGAAAGUAGUAAAAUAGAUAGAUGUGAUAAGUAGUGAGUUUGUAGAUUUAUAGCCUUCUCUAACAUGUUCCCACAACCUUUUCCUUCGGUGAGAUUAUAGUCUGUUUUUAGAAUUUAAUUUGGUUGAUAUCUAUACAUUUUCAUGAAAAUAAUCAAUGUUCAUAUUGUUUUUGGUAAAUAGUUUUUCUAAAUUUACAAUUUUCCAAUUCAAAGAUACCAUAAAUGACUAUUUUCUGAAUUUAUUAACAAAUGAGUGAUUACAUACCAAUCAUUUAAAUAGUAUUUUUAUUUUUAUAUGUUAUUGAUAAAUCAGAUAAUUUUAAUAGUAUCUAGAAUAUACUAUUCAAUUUUAAUUUUUUUUAAUUUUUUAAGUUGGAUAUAAGAUAAUAAUAUACGUUCUGAUAUUUGGUAUGGGAAUAAUAAUAAGAAUUUAUCUACAAAGUUUGGUGUAACUAAACUUUUUUUUGUUUGAGUAUUGAACUAUUUUAUUACCUUAUAAAGUAAUGGUUCAAUAGAUUGAUCUAAAGAAUUGUAAUGUAAUAUAUAAUGUCAGAAAAAAUAAAAUAUAAACAUAAGAAAUAACAUCUUCUCCGGAGUAUUAUGAUCUUCAAGUACACUAUUAGAUGUUGUUUUUCUUAUAUCUUCAAAGUAUCAUUCGAUGAGUUGAGUACAUUCUUUCCAUUAGAAGAAACCUGUGAUCUAGGUCAGUGAUCUCACAUGACUUGGUUGGUCAAGAUGUCCUCCAGACCCUCCAUUGGGGGGUUUGAAUAUAGGCAGGCGAGUCUCCCCUGAACAUGGAGUCAAGUAACCCUACAUACCAUCACUGCAAGCAGUUCCAAGAGCAUCAUGAAACAGAUUGGGGAGAAUAUAAGAGUUGCAAGUAUAAAAUAAAACUUACCAGCUAACUUAAUACUCAUCCACUAUGAA